AUGGUCCAGCUCGAGCCAAGUUCUUCAACUACAGCUGAGCCAAAACCAAAAUAUGGUCAUCUAUCCGAAGUAGCACCUGAAUUUGAGCCACUCAGGCAGGCUAUCGAUGAAAGAUUCGCCGUUCUGUGGUCCUUGCCCCUAGACGAUCUCAAGACUGCAUAUAGGACGGCACCUAUAGCAUUACCGGAAGGGGUGCCUGAGGUAGGAAGGGAUUAUCAAGUUUCAAACCAACAGAUACCUAUGAGAGAUGGCGCAAAGAUCGAGUUACGUGUUUACAAACCCAUGAAAGUCAUCGGGAACGCAUUGUUGGUGUUGAAAGCACAUGGCGGGGGCUGGGUUGUUGGAAGUCACCAAGUCGAAGAAGUCGAGAAUCGUAUGCUGGCGGCGUAUAGUGGUGCUGUCGUUGCUAGUGUCGACUAUCGAAUGGCUCCGGAGUAUAAAUUCCCUUAUGCUGUCAACGAUUGCUUCGACGCCUUGAGAUGGUGUAAAUCCAAAGCUUCUGAAUUAGGUAUCAACCCAGAUGCAAUUAUUGUUGCAGGAGGGAGUGCAGGCGGCAAUAUCGCAGCUGCAUUAGCACUUAUGGCACGCGACGAAGAGGAAUCUGGCAUCAUCGGACAGGUCCUGAAUAUCCCAGUGACAUGUCAUCCGGACCUUUUUCCCCGAGAUCUAUACGAAUACGGAAGCUAUGAGCAAAACAAGGAUGCGAGUAUCGUCGAUGCGCCGAAAAUGAAUUGGUUUUGGGAUCAAUAUAUGCCGAAGAUUGAAGCAAACGUGUACGCACACCCACUGUUGGCAGAAAACCACGCCGGUUUACCACCUGCCCUUGUACAAGUUGCCGGCCUCGAUCCACUUCGUGAUGAAGGCUUGGCCUACGCACAAGCCCUCGAGCAAGCUGGAGUGCCAGUCACUCUGAAGGUGUACUCCGGUCUGCCACAUGGCUUUUACCUGUUACCACAUUUGGAGCAGAGCCGAAAGUAUUGGCAGAGUACGGUCGACUUUGUGACAAGCCUCAGUGCAUCGGGCAAGCUAUAGAUAAUCUACGGAGAUCUGUUAUGUAUACGACGCAUUGGUCGUGGCGAUUACAGGCCGUGACAAAGUGCCGGCAGAUCGAACUCCGGGGAAUGAGUUCCGGUGGACUUCUUGUCCCCAG